AUGGAUGUUAUUGGACCUAAAUCGAAAGUACACUUUUUACAGAAACCUUGCUUGACAGAAACCUUGUUUUACAGAAACCUUGCUUUACAGAAACCUUUUUUACAGAAACCUUUUUUACAGAAAUGUAUGGACAUACAUUACUUUAAUAAACUCAAUUUACAGGUAAGUAUGGACAUACAUUGCUUUAAUAAACUCAAUUUACAGGUAAGUAUGGACAUACAUUACUUUAAUAAACUCAAUUUACAGGUAAGUAUGGACAUACAUUACUUUAAUAAACUCAAUUUACAGGUAAGUAUGGACAUACAUUACUUUAAUAAACUCAAUUUACAGGUAAGUAUGGACAUACAUUACUUUAAUAAACACAAUUUACAGGUAAGUAUGGACAUACAUUACUUAAACUCAAUUUACAGUAAACUAGUUUUAUGCAAGUUGCAAGUUUUGAAAAGAGGUUUUCUUCUACAGAGGCAUUCUAUACACAACCUAACUCUGUGAAUAGGUAUUUUAACUCAUCAUUCCUUUCAGAGAGUCCACAUGGCUAAUAUUAAUUACUUUGUAUAUCUUUUACAUCUACUUAAGUAAAGUUAUUCACAGAACUUAUGAUUGCUAUACCACAAUCCCUGAUAUCAUAAU